AUGCGGAAUGAUGCUGUUGCAGGUGAGGGAGCGCCGCUGCCAGUGCCGCCAUGCAUCGACGACUUCGACGUCGGCCAGGAGCUCGGAAAGGGUGGCUUUGCCGUCGUGUAUCGGGCCCGGGUGCGGUCGACCGGACUAGAAGUCGCUCUCAAGGUCGUGGACAAGCACCGAGCCGCGGAGCACCUCCGCGGCACCGCAACGAGUGCCGGCGGCGGCGGCGGGGACAGGGAAGGAGGGCUUGGUGGGGGCUUGGAGCUAGCGUGUGCCCGGGUGGCGAACGAGGUGCGCCUACACUGGGGACUGAGGCACCCGGCAGUCGUAGAGCUGCUCGAGUUCUUUGAGGACGAGCGGUUCGUCUACCUGGUGCUGGAGCUGUGCGGGGGCGGUGACAUGUACCGCAGGCUGCGGGGCGCCGGCAGCAGUGGCAGUAGCGGCAGUAGAGGGCCGCUCGAUGAGAGAGAGGCGGCCGGCUACAUGGGCCAGUUGCUGGCGGGGUUGCAGUAUCUCCACGAGAGCGGGAUCAUGCACCGGGACCUGAAGCUGUCGAACUUGCUGCUUUCGGAGGACGGCAGGCGGCUGAGGAUUGCCGACUUCGGUCUGGCCGUCAAGCUCGAAGCGGAGGACAGCGAAAGACACACGCUCUGCGGCACGCCGAACACGAUGGCCCCGGAGGUGCAGGGCCCGGUGUACGGGGCGUCGGCAGCGGGGCAGCAGCCGGGGGGUUACGGGCUGGCGGCAGAUCUGUGGUCCGCGGGGUGCCUCUUGUACACCAUGCUAACUGGGAGGGCGCCGUUCCAGGGGAGGAGGGUAGGGGACACGCUGGCGAACGCGAGGUCCGGGCGUUACGCGGUGCCGGAAGGGCUGUCGGACACCGCGAGAGACUUCUUGGCCUCCAUGCUGAGCUUGGACCCGCGCCGCAGGAUGCGAGUGGAAGAGGCUGCCGCACAUCCGUUUCUGCGCUUGGACAAGCAGCGGCCUCAACGCAGCCCCGCCGCCGCAACGACAGCAGCACCGGAACGAGGAAGCAACAGCACUCCCAAAGGUACCAUCGCCGAAGGUACUCACAAAGAGGCGGUGGGGGGAGGAGCGACAGCCUGCGGGGGUGCUGGGAGGCGAGCCGUAACGUCGAACGACGACGGAGGAGAAUACCACUCUUCUUAUUCUUCCAGAGGAAGAUUGGACUACAAAGCCGGGCCAUCGCCGUCGUUUGGCGAGGAGGGCAGCAGCAACAGCAGCAGCAGCAGCAGCAGCAGUCGCAGCAGCGGCAAAGGCAGGCUAACCAAAGGAGCUGCUGUCGACGCCGCUGCCGCCGCCGCAGCGACCGUAGCGGGCAACAGCACCCUCACGGAGUCCACGGCGGGGCUCGGGUCCUCCGACCUCUACUCCGUCAGCUCCAGCUUCUUGGACGGGGAUUACAACACGGCCUCCUUUGCGACCCUCAGGGCAGAGACCGUGCCCACCCCGGCGACCAUCGGCGCCGGAGCCGCUGCGGCCGCCGCCCGCGUCCGACGCGCCACCGCUCAAGCCCGGUUCCGAGCCUCGGCAGACGGGGGCGUCGCGCUCGACGGCAGGGCAGCAGAGGCCGGGGGAAGGGACGGGAUCCGCGACGAUGGCGGCGGUGGCGGCCGCGGUGGUAGGAGAGCGAGAAAUGCGUGGCCAACCGCGCGACCAUUGGUCGAGGUAGCGGGCGGAGGCGAGCGGACGGCUGGGCCAGGCGGAAACGGAGCUGGCACCGCGGAGAGGAGGGGUGGCAUCAGCGCGGGAAGGAAGAGUACGGCGGGAGAGCGAUCCUCUGCUGGUGCAAGGCUGGAGUCGAAGGAGCGGUUCGGGUGGAAGGGUGCUGCGGGCGGCGUCACGGCCGCCGCCACGACGAGCCUGCACGCGGGGGGCGAGGGGCGCGGGGGGUACGCAGACGAGAAUGUGGUGGUGGCUAGAGGUGUUGGCUCUGCAAAGGCGGUUGGCCUCGGCAAGGAUUUGGAGCACGAGCGGCAGCAACGGCGGCGACAGCAGCAGCAGCAGCAGCAGCAGCAGCAGCAGCAGCAGCGGCAUCCCCGGCGGCGGAGCCGAAGGCCUCGGCCCACCCGAGAAUCGUCGCCUCACAAGCAACGGCAGCGAAACAGCAUACCGGCAAGCGGCAUCACCAGGCCGGGGGAGCGACAGUUCGAUCUAGCAGGCUACAGCAGCAGCAGCAGCGGCUCGAGCAACAGCUCCCCGCCGUGCGUCCCCGCAGCCAGCCCGUUGGCUCGCCGUCGGCGACAGCGGCAGGGAGACAGAGGCGUCGCAAGGCCUCCAGCACCGCUCCCUCCUCAGCCGCUGCCGAUGCUCGAGCAGGAGCACCUGGCAAGCUUGCCUCAGUCACAAGGGCUUCACGGGCUUCGUGCCACGGCCGCAGCUGGGCGAGACCUCCACGAGAAUAUGUCCAUCGGCAAGGGCAGUGACGGCGGCGGCGGCGGCGGCGGCUACUGCUUGGGGUCGACAGCGGCGGCGGUUGGCGACUCCGUUUCCGCGUCCAGAUCGGGACAGCCAACGGCAAGAAAAGCGACUUCUGCUGCUGCUGCUGCAGCUGCUGCUGCUGGCAGCAGCGGCGGGAGUUGUCUCCUGGCGCCGUUGUCAACCGCCCGCGUGAAACCGGUGGCCCACCGGUCGGGAGGCAAGGCGGCGGCGGUCGAGGUCUACCCGGACGGUCGUGCGAGCAUCUCGGUGGGAAAGCGGUGGCUGAUCGCUUCCGCGGACGGCGAGCGAGUGUGGGCCGGGGGCGGCGGCGUGACAGAGGCCACAAGCGGUGGCGGUAGGCGCACCUCCUUGUCCUUCUCGAGGGAGGCAGCGGCAGUCGGGGGCGGUCGGGUGUUGGGCACGAUGGAGGCGUGCUUGGCGUCGGGAGACAAUGACGAUUUUGCCGACCCCGGCUUCAGCCUCGAUGCGCUGCCGGCGGCUCUCCACCCGCUGUACAGGAGCCUCGCCGGCAUCGUGGACGCCCUUCGGAGCAAGACGCCCAAGGUGGUGCUGCGUCGUGACCCACCGCCGCCGCCGCCGCCGCCGCCGCCGCCGCCGCCGCAAGCGGGAGUACCAGGCCGAGCUCCGCAACAGCGGGCCGAGGAGAAGCUCACUCUGUGCGCCUUGAUGGAGAACCUGCCGGACCCUGACUUCGCCGCCGCCUUCGCCGACGGCGCCUCGCUAUCCCUCUGGACCCGAAAGGGUGAGCUGCGGGUCGAGCUCCCGGGCGGCCGUGUCCGCAGCUGGGCGGUGGCGGCCGGCGGCGAGUGGCCGGGGGUUGCCACGAUCCGCGGCGGCGGGGCUAGCGUUGCCGGCUACGGGCUGAUUGCGGCGGCGGGAGGCCGUGAGCGGGCCGAGGGGAGCGGGAGCGGCAACGACGACAAGCAGGAGUGGCUGGGCUACGUGAGAGCGGGGUUUGACGGGUACUGUCGGUGCUUGGAUGAGGAGGCGGCGGCGUACCGGCGUGGGGCGAGGUUUCCGGUCGAGAUCGUCGAGCCUGCAGCCGUUGCCCCUCCCCCCCGAGCCGCCGUUGCGUCUUCCCCCGUCCCGUCAUCGACAGGGGGAGCGGGUGUCGCGAGAAGGAGGGGGAGACCUGCGAUCGACGGGUGCCUGGAGGAGGCGAAGGAAGGUAGUGGCGGCGGCAACAGCAACCAGGCAUGCGGCUCCGGGGCGGGGAGCGGGGGCGCAGUUGGGCUGGGCGCGUGGUGGCGCGGAGAGGAAGAUGGCGGCAGCAGCUCCAACACUUCGGACAGCUCGGUGUCCCCAAGGGACACGCGAAGAGUAGAAGAGCCCAGCAACCGAGGUGAUGGUGGCGGCCUUGGUUGGCGCGAAGGCGACGGCAGCUGCAGGGGCGGCAGCGGCGGCGGGAGCGGCGGCGGCGGCAUCUCCGUUGACAAUGCCGGCAAGGACGGCGGUUGGCGCGAUGCGAGCUCCGCCGGAAGCCUCAUGUUCACUGAACGAUGCAGCAGUGAGCUACAGCAGCAGCAAUCGAGGCAGCACCAGCGCCCGGCCUGCUCCCCCGAGGGGUCCCAACAGCUAUCGCCGGCACCCCCACUAAUAGCGGCGGCCCGUCACCCUGGAGUCGUGCACGCGGCCGUGAGCAGGGCGGCCUCGCCGCCGCUCUUUGCACCGGCGGGCUUGGAGAGGGAUGACACUGCUACGCCAGACGUCGCCGGACUAGCAACCUUCCUGCCGCUGCAGCGUCGGGGACAAGCUGUCUUCAUGUACGGUGACGAGACGCUAGGAAGAGGAAGAGGAGGAGGAGGAACAGGUAUGGGGGGGGGGCGCAGAGAAGGAGGAGGACGAGGAGGAGGAGGAGGAGGAGGAGGUGGGGGUGGGAGGGGAAGAAGAAGAAGCGAGGGAGGAGGAGGAGGAGGAGGAGAAGGGGGGCCGUGUCUCGACCCGAACCCAUCAACCUGUUCGUUGUUCUCCGAGGGCAACCUAGCCCAAGCAGUCGGGGUGCGGCCAGCAGAAACAACGGUCGCCCCCGCUGGCGCGGCGCGGCGGGGCCGCGGGGGCAAGGCCGCUGCUGCUACCCCACCCCGUGACGAGGAUCGCAGACCGUUACCCGACAGGGGGCGACGUGGUGGCGCCAGCAUUCCCGGGGUGGGGGAGGCAUUCAGGAACGGAGACGGCGACCUCGAGGUGCUGUUCUGUGACGGUGUGAUGGUCGUCGUGGACGCUAAGGCCAAGUGGAUGCGGGUAGAACGACGCCAACAGCAGCAGCGCGGGAGCCUCCACCACUCCCCCCCACCCACCGGCAGCGGUCGCCCAACCCCCUCUACGACGACCCGAAGCGUAACGUACGACCUGGGGAAACACGCCGCUGGGCGGAGAACAGAAGCGCGCGGCAUCGGUGGGAGUCGAGAGUUGGGUGAGCGCUUGCCCCGGGAUGUGAAGAACAGGAUGAAGGCGCUGCCGCGCUUCAUUGCUAUCCUGAAGGACGAUGGUCCCCCGCCGGCAAGAGACGGGCGACAGAAAGACGGGGCUUCUGCAGAGCGGACCGGGGAGGUUAGCAGGCGGCGUCCUCGGCGUGGGGCGCGGCCAUGAUGUAGAGAACCGGAGGGGGUAUGUGGUGUGGUGUUUUAGUAUUUGUCAUCGUGUCAUCAUAGCGUAGAGUAUUUUGAUCGUCAGUUGUACAGUUUUUUGUCGAGACAGGAUGGCUCUAGUGUUUCGUUGAUCAACCGGGAAAGUGUUAGUAUUUCGUAAGUAUUGUUAAAGUUCCAGACAUGUCCCGUGUGUUGUUGCUGUGCCUUAAUUUAUCUUUUUCACCACUCUCGCUUGUUGUAUGCAUCAGGUAAAGUGCACAAGAGUAAUGUUUGACGUGCCACAUGCAACGUCGGCAACCGAGCUUUUUUUCCGGUUCUCUCUCGCUGAUUGCUGAGUGACAGUUUCAUUUCCAUCGAUAGCCGGGAGGUGGGUGGGCUGGCUGCCUCCGAUUUUUUGUCUCCGUGACACACUCAAGGCAGACGUCCCGUUUGUUGGGGCUGUUUCCCCUUUCUUUUUUUUUUUGUAUCGUUGUGCAAGUGACACGGAUAAGUUUUUUUCUCUUCGGAUUGAGUUUAGGGCCUCGAACGCCUUGAUAAGUGUUUUUACACCCCCGAACCAACACUAUCCCCUCCCUUCGUUCUCGGCAAUGGGUCGUUUCGCCAAUAGUACUUGCUUCGAUAGCUUUAGGGGCGGUGUGUUUUUGGACGCGUUUCUACUGUAUCGUGCGCGAG